AUGUCGACCGUAGAGGACGAUAAGAAGCCUUCCGGUGGCGAUUCAGCCGCGCACAUCAAUCUCAAAGUCAAGGGCCAGGUGAGCCCUUUUUUCCUCGUUUCCCGUAGAACGAUCCUUUUCCUCUUCCUCACCCUUUCGGUUUUUGUUGUUGUUCAAGUGUUUAGGCAGAAGCUGCAUCUUGCUUUCACUCUCAACUCUCAACCACGAUCUCAGUCAUCGAAGCUCUCAACUGCGCUCACAACCACGAUCUCAGUCUUCGACCCUCCAGCCGUUCGGCAGUCGCUCGUCAAUUUAGGACAAUCUCACUCUUCUUAA